AUGCCAUACUGGGACUGGUCAUUGGACUGGAUGGACCUCACGCGUUCCUCUAUAUGGGAUAACAGCACAGGGUUCGGUGGCGACGGGGACCCUCACGGCGCAGAGACGGUCGGCAAAGGCCGUUGUGUAGUUGACGGCCCUUUCGCGGACUUGCGACCUAUCAUUUACAACCACACAUUCACCGAGCAUUGCCUGUCCAGAGGAUUCAGCGAUGGAACAACCGCGGGUCGCCUUUCCGGUGACAAAUUCAGCCCGGAGAAUAUGGGCGACAUUCUGAGGCAAAGCAACUAUUCAAGCUUCUUGCGUCGGGUCGAGAGGGAUCUACACAAUACACUUCAUAACUCAAUCAACGGAGACUUUAAAGCCAUGACAGCGGCCAACGAUCCUCUGUUCUUUUUGCAUCAUGUAAGUCUAGAUCGCCUAUGGUGGACGUGGCAGCGGCAAAGACCUCAAGAUCGGCUGGAGCAAUACCUGGGACAGCACAUGUACAAUUCCACGGGGGCCGCAGAGCUAAGUGAUCAACUUCUGUUUGACGGCUUUACGAAAGACGUGCUAGUCCAUCAGGUGAUGGAUACAACGAAGGGCCUGCAUUGCUAUACAUACUAG